AUGAGGAUCCACAGCCUCGCCCUGCUCUCCUUUCUCCUUCUGGCUGCUCCAAUGCUCUCGGUGGAGGCCAAAAAGGAAGGGAGGAAUAGACAGGGCAACAAAGUCAGCACAGAUAAACUGCAUACUCUAGGCGCGCCCCAGACUGAAGCAAGCAACCAGCCACCCAAGCGCCUGACCAAAGGCAAGUUCGUCACCCAAGACCAUGCCAACUGCAGAUGGGUGGUGACCAAGCAGGAGGAGGGCAUUGCCCUGAAGGUCGAGUGCACCCGACAGGACAACGAGUUUUCCUGUUUCUUCACUGGCAAUCCAACCUCAUGCCUAGAAUCAGACAAAAAGAAUGCCUACUGGAGACAAAUUGGCCGGAAUCUGCGUUCGCAGAAGGUCAUCUGUGGUGAUGCCAAGAGCAUCCUGAAGACCAGGGUGUGCAGAAAGAAGUUUCCAGAAUCCAAUCUCAAGCUGGUUAACUCCACUCUGAUUAGUAUCAAGAAGCCCAGCCAGGAGUUAAUGGAGCCCUCUCCCAAGGAGCAGAGCAAGGCCAAAGUGACCACCCCCACCAGCCUAGCAAAGACCCAGACCAUGAACACCAAAGAUCCUGAGUGUGUGGAAGACCCAGACUUGGUAAACCAGAGGAAGAUAGCCCUGGAGUACUGUGGGGAGCCCUGGAGCUCUUUCUGCAAAUUCUUCGUGUCUAUGGUACAGGGCAGUUCAUGCUAA